GGACGCGCUACAAGAGGUGCAGUGGACUAAGGAUUAAUUUCGGAUAGUUAGUAAGUCACUAUCCCACAGCGUCUGAAAAAGAGAGGAUGAAGUACAAGACAAUUACCAAGCACAGUUCUAGGAAUUCAGUUACUUCCUGUUUCACCAGAAGGCUUCAAAUUCCAAUUUGGAAACUGUUUCUUUACUUUGCUAUCACAACUGUCUUAGUUUUUAUGCUGCAAAUGCAUCAUUCGCAAAUAUCACCGGAAGUUACCACACCAAGUCCAACGACCACAAAAACGACUCCAAAACCAACAAUGAAGACAACAGAAACGGACUUCCUUAAAUUCUACAAUAAAUCAUCAUACAACAAUUCACAUUUUCUCACUCACCCAUAUGAUAUUGAUUUUGUGAGAUUUGUUAGCAAAGUAGAGGAAGGAAAAAGUUUUAAUCUGAAACCCAUUAAUGUAAAUUCUUUUGUGUAUGUAACGAAUCCAACCACCAAAUGUACAAAUCCGCCCCUGAAAAGGAGUGCGAACGUAAGUGUUUUAAUUCUCAUUAAGAGUGAACCAGAUAAUUUUCAUCUUCGCCAGACAAUACGAUGGAACUGGGAAUCCCUUAAACAAUAUCAUGAAUAUAUGAGAAUUGUAUUUCUUAUGGGAAUUUCCUCUAACCCGGAAGAUAAAAACACGGAUGUGUUGGUGGAACAUGCGCGUUACAACGAUAUUGUACAACAGAAUUUCAUUGACAAAUAUAGAAAUUUGACCCAUAAAACUGUGAUGGGCUACAUGUGGGCUGUGCAAUAUUGUUCUGAAGCAUCGCACAUUCUCAUCCAGGACGAUGAUUAUCAUUUUAAUGUUAAAAAUUUGGACAGUUUUAUUAAGAAACAUAAAGAUCCGAAUUCAAUAUUCGCGGGAAUUCUUCGCUUGAAAUCGCCAACUGUGCGAAGGCCAGCAAGUAAAUAUUUUGUGGCCAAAGAAGUUUAUGCACAUGAAAUUUAUCCGCCAUUUUUAGUUGGAAAUAGUUACAUAGUUAGCAUGCAUUUUGCCAAAAAGAUUGUGACUAUCAUUCCAUUUGUGAAGAGUAUACCCAUGGCGGACACAUAUAUAGGUGUACUUGCAAUGAAGUUAGACAUUACUCUAAACAACGAGGCGAGCUUCACAAUUAAAAACUGUAACAGUUUAGAUAAAGUCAUAUCCUGCCGAGGUUAUACAUCAACGGAUGAAAUUUUAAAAGACUGGAAAAACUUUGUUAAUCGAGCUAUUUUGAAAGUUAACAUUUAAUCUGUAGUUAAUGUGUAAUGAAUAAUAUAACUUGCCACGUUUAAA